AUGAGGGGCCAGGCCGCCGCCCCAGGCGCCCUGUGGAUACUGGCACCGAUGCUGCUGCUGCUGGGGUGCCGGGCGCGCGCGGCCACAGGGCUGGACACAGGGCCUGGGCCCGAGCCGUGCGCCACGCUGGUGCAGGGCAAGUUCUUCGGGUACUUCUCGGCGGCCGCUGUGUUCCCCGCCAACGCCUCGCGCUGCUCCUGGACGCUGCGCAAUCCGGACCCACGGCGCUACACGCUCUACAUGAAGGUGGCCAAGGCUCCCGUGCCCUGUGACGGCCCUGGCCGCGUCCACACCUACCAGUUCGACUCUUUCCUGGAGUCCACACGCACCUACCUAGGCCUGGAGAGUUUCGACGAGGUGCUGCGUCUGUGUGACCCCUCGGCGCCCCUGGCUUUCCUGCAGGCCGGCAAGCAGUUCCUUCAGAUACAGAGGCAGCGGCCGCCCCUGGACAGUGUGCCCAGCAGGCCCCCAGGCCCCGGCGAUGACUUCUCCGUGGAGUACCUGGUCGUGGGCAACCGCAGCCCCAGCCGGGCUGCCUGCCAGAUGCUGUGCCGCUGGCUGGACGCCUGUCUGGCCGGCAGCCGCAGCUCGCACCCCUGUGGCAUCAUGCAGACCCCCUGUGCCUGCCUGGGUGGGGACGCUGGUCCCCCUGUCGCCGGCCCCCCGGCUCCCCGAGGUGAUGUCUGCCUGCAGGACGGUGUGGCCGGCGGCCCUGAGAACUGCCUCACUAGCCUGACCCAGGACCGGGGUGGUGACAGCUCUGCAGGCGGCUGGAAGCUGUGGUCCCUGUGGGGCGAAUGCACGCGGGACUGCGGAGGAGGCCUGCAGACGCGGACGCGCACAUGCCUGCCCACGCCGGGCGUCCAGGGCGGUGGAUGCGAGGGCGUGCUGGAGGAGGGCCGCCUGUGCAACCGCAAGGCCUGCGGCCCCGCGGGGCGCACCAGUUCACGGAGCCAGUCCCUGCGGUCCACGGACGCCCGGCGGCGGGAGGAGCUGGGGGACGAGCUGCAGCAGUUUGGGUUCCCAUCGCCUCAGACAGGUGACCCCGCGGCCGAGGAGUGGUCCCCCUGGAGUGUGUGCUCCAGCACGUGUGGCGAGGGCUGGCAGACCCGCACGCGCUUCUGCGUGUCCUCCUCCUACAGCACCCAGUGCAGCGGGCCCCUGCGGGAGCAGCGCCAGUGCAACAACUCGGCUGUGUGUCCAGUGCACGGUGCCUGGGACGAGUGGUCCCCCUGGAGCCUGUGUUCCAGCACCUGUGGCCGCGGAUUCCGGGACCGCACGCGCACCUGCAGACCCCCCCAGUUUGGAGGCAACCCCUGUGAGGGCCCUGAGAAGCAAACCAAGUUCUGCAACAUCGCCCUGUGCCCGGGCCGGGCAGUGGACGGAAACUGGAACGAGUGGUCAAGCUGGAGCACCUGCUCCGCCAGCUGCUCCCAGGGCCGGCAACAGCGCACGCGCGAGUGCAAUGGGCCUUCAUACGGGGGCGCCGAGUGCCAGGGCCACUGGGUGGAGACGCGAGACUGCUUCCUGCAGCAGUGCCCAGUGGACGGGAAGUGGCAGGCCUGGGCGGCGUGGGGCAGCUGUAGCACCACAUGCGGGGGCGGCUCACAGCGCCGUGAGCGCGCCUGCUUGGGGCCCUUCUUCGGGGGAACAGCCUGCCAGGGCCCACAGGAGGAGUACCGGCAGUGCAGCGCCCAACGGUGUCCCGAGCCCCACGAGAUCUGUGACGAGGACAACUUUGGUGCCGUAAUGUGGAAGGAGACACCAGCAGGGGAGGUGGCCGCUGUCCGGUGUCCCCGAAAUGCCACAGGCCUCAUUCUGCGACGCUGUGAGCUGGACGAGGAAGGCAUCGCCUACUGGGAGUCCCCCACUUACAUCCGCUGCGUCUCUAUCGACUACCGAAACAUCCAGAUGAUGACCCGGGAGCACCUGGCGAAGGCUCAGCGUGGGCUGCCGGGGGAAGGGGUCUCAGAGGUCAUCCAGACGCUGGUGGAGAUUUCCCAGGACGGGGCCAGCUACAGCGGGGACCUGCUCUCCACCAUUGACGUCCUAAGGAACAUGACAGAGAUCUUCCGGAGGGCCUACUACAGCCCCACCCCUGGGGAUGUGCAGAACUUUGUGCAGAUUAUCAGCAACCUGCUGCUGGAGGAGAACCGGGACAAGUGGGAGGAGGCCCGGCUGGUGGGCCCCAACGCCAAGGAGCUGUUCCGGCUGGUGGAGGACUUCGUCGAUGUCAUCGGCUUUCGCAUGAAGGACCUUCGAGACGCGUACCAGGUGACAGACAACCUGGUCCUCAGCAUCCACAAGCUCCCAGCCAGCAGGGCCAUGGACAUCAGCUUCCCCAUGAAGGGCUGGCGGGCCACGGGUGACUGGGCCAAGGUGCCUGAGGACAGGGUCACUGUCUCCAAGAGCGUCUUCUCCACAGGGCUGGCAGAGGCUGACGACUCAUCCGUGUUCGUGGUGGGCACUGUACUCUACCGUAACCUAGGCAGCUUCCUGGCCCUGCAGAGGAACACGACCGUCCUCAACUCCAAGGUCAUCUCAGUGACCGUGAAGCCCCCCCCUCGCUCGCUGCUCACGCCCUUGGAGAUCGAGUUUGCACACAUGUACAAUGGCACCACCAACCAGACCUGCAUCCUGUGGGACGAGACGGACGUCCCCUCCCCCUCCGCCCCCCCGCAGCUCGGGCCCUGGUCGUGGCGCGGCUGCCGCACGGUGCCCCUCGACGCCCUCCGGACGCGCUGCCUCUGUGACCGGCUCUCCACCUUCGCCAUCUUAGCCCAGCUCAGCGCCGACGCGAACAUGGAGAAGGCAGCCGUGCCGUCAGUGGCGCUCAUCGUGGGCUGCGGCGUGUCUUCGCUCACCCUGCUCAUGCUCGUCAUCAUCUAUGUCUCCGUGUGGAGGUACAUCCGCUCAGAGCGGUCGGUCAUCCUCAUCAACUUCUGCCUGUCCAUCGUCUCCUCCAACGCCCUCAUCCUCAUCGGGCAGACCCAGACCCGAAACAAGGUGGUGUGCACGCUGGUGGCCGCCUUCCUGCACUUCUUCUUCCUCUCCUCCUUCUGCUGGGUGCUCACGGAGGCCUGGCAGUCCUACAUGGCCGUGACGGGCCGCCUCCGGAACCGCCUCGUCCGCAAGCGCUUCCUGUGCCUGGGCUGGGGGCUCCCUGCGCUGGUCGUGGCCAUCUCUGUGGGGUUCACCAAGGCCAGAGGGUACAGCACCAUGAACUACUGCUGGCUCUCCCUGGAAGGGGGACUGCUGUAUGCCUUCGUGGGACCUGCGGCUGCUGUAGUCCUGGUGAACAUGGUCAUCGGGAUCCUGGUGUUCAACAGGCUUGUGUCCAAGGAUGGCAUCACCGACAAGAAGCUGAAGGAGCGGGCAGGGGCCUCGCUCUGGAGCUCCUGCGUGGUGCUGCCGCUGCUGGCGCUGACCUGGAUGUCAGCCGUCCUCGCUGUCACAGACCGCCGCUCCGCCCUCUUCCAGAUCCUCUUCGCCGUCUUUGACUCGCUGGAGGGCUUUGUCAUUGUCAUGGUGCACUGCAUCCUGCGCAGAGAGGUCCAGGAUGCCGUGAAAUGCCGAGUGGUGGACCGCCAGGAGGAGGGCCAUGGGGACUCGGGAGGCUCCUUCCAGAACGGCCAUGCCCAACUCAUGACUGACUUCGAGAAGGACGUGGAUCUGGCCUGUAGAUCAGUGCUGAACAAGGACAUCGCAGCCUGCCGCACAGCCACCAUCACCGGCACACUCAAGCGGCCAUCCGCGCCUGCUGAGGAGGAGAAGCUGAAGCUAGUCCACGUGCAGGCACCACCCUCCAACUUCAACAGCCUCCCGGCCAACGUGUCCAAGCUGCACCUGCACGGCUCGCCGCGCUACCCUGGCGGUGGGGGGCCUCUGCCCGACUUCCCCAACCACUCACUGACCCUCAAGAAGGACAAGGCUGCAAAGGCCUCCUUCAUUGGUGAUGGGGACAUCUUCAAGAAGCUGGACUCGGAGCUGAGCCGGGCCCAGGAGAAGGCUCUGGAUACGAGCUACGUGAUCCUGCCCACGGCCACAGCCACGCUGCGGCCCAAGGCCAAGGAGGAGCCCAAGUAUAGCAUCAACAUUGACCAGAUGCCCCAGACCCGGCUCAUCCACCUCAACAUGGCACCCGAUGCCGGCUUCUCCUCCCGCAGCCCACCCACCCGCGAGCCACCAGAGGCGCCCCCUGCCCAGCCCCCACCACCCCCACCCCCGCCACCCCCACCACCCCAGCAGCCUCUGCCCCCGCCGCCCACCCUGGAGCCCGUGCCCCCCAGCCUGGGAGAGCCAGCAGAGCCAGCGGCCCACCCAGGACCCAGCACAGGCACCAUGACCAAGAAUGAGAAUAUCUCCACCUUGUCUGUGAGCUCCCUGGAGCGGCGGAAAUCGCGGUACGCAGAACUGGACUUUGAGAAAAUCAUGCACACCCGGAAGCGGCAUCAGGACAUGUUCCAGGACCUGAACCGGAAAUUGCAGCACGCAGAGAAGGACAAGGAGGUGUUGGGCCCAGACAGCAAGCCGGAGAAGCAGCAGACCCCUAACAAGAGGCCCUGGGAGAGCCUUCGGAAGGCGCACGGGACGCCAGCCUGGGUGAAGAAGGAGCUGGAGCCGCUGCCGCCUUCGCCGCUGGAGCUACGCAGCGUGGAGUGGGAGAAGACGGGGGCCACCAUCCCACUGGUGGGUCAGGACAUCAUCGACCUGCAGACCGAGGUCUGAGGGCGGCCAGCACCGGCCACCGGAGGGAUGCUGCUCUGCCCGCUCUGAGGACGGGCACAGACACGCUCGGCGGGCCCGGCCCACAGGGCCCGGGGCGCUCGGACGCCAGCCAGGCUCCGGCCAGGU